AUGAAUGCUUUCACGGUUGAAAACGUGGCCCUUUCACGACGUGGCUACCGUAUUGAAGGAAAAUUAGUGGUUUUAGACCACCAUAUGGUGUUUCAGUUUCAAAGUGAAGAUCAGCCAAAUACUCCACGAGAAAUAUGGAUUUGUUAUCCGAUGAUAGAAAGCAUACAUAAGUCCCGAGGAUCAUCGUGGAUGGCCAACAAUGCCAGCGAAGGCAAGGAACUACCUGGUGGACAAGAUCAUUACGUUUCUUCACAUAUUCAUCUACUGUGUAAAGACUUCACCUACUACUGGUUUGAUUUUGUCAACGACGAGAUUUGCAGUGACACUUUUGCCAAGUUAAGCGAAAAUAUGGCUCAGGAAGCAUCAAAAUUUUAUGCAUUCGACUAUACAAGAAACGCGUUGGAAGAAAAGCUCGAUGAAAACGGAUGGUCACUCUAUGACGAGAACUCAGAAUAUGCACGGCAAGGACUUAAAAGUGACCACUGGAGGACCACGGAGAUCAAUGACGACUACAAGUUCUGUCCCUCAUAUCCCACAGUCUUGAUAGUUCCGGCAUCGAUUUCUGAUAACGUAGUGAACCACGCGGGAAAGUUUCGUUCAAAACAGCGUAUACCUGCCGUUGUGUAUCGACACAGGGGCAAUUCCAAUCAUAAUGUGAUCGCGCGGUGUGCCCAACCAUUAGUUGGUAUUAAUAUUCAAAACAGAUCGUUACAGGACGAAAAGUUAAUCUCAGAAAUAUUCAAGACCCAGGAACGAGAACGCACCAGUACCCUUGCUUCGGAUGAUGAGCUUCAAGAUCAGCCCCAGCGCAAUUUGAUUGUAGAUCUACGGCCCAUAAGCAACGCCAUGGCACAGCAUGCGCUUGGCGCAGGCACAGAGAACAUUGACAAGUAUAGAGAGAGUUUGGCCAAGACGGAAACCGACUCGAAAACAUCGCUCCGGCCGCUUGAUAAAAUCUUUGGGAACAUAGAUAACAUCCAUGUCAUAAGGGAUUCUUUGACGAAACUAACCAACGUUUUACGUGAUUUGGACAAGCGUUCCACCCCUACGUCUACGUCCGACUUGACACGGGCAGCUCACCUCCAGCAGCAACUUACGAAAACCCUGUGGCUUAACCGCAUUGCCAUAAUCUUGCAAUCUGUUGAUAGAAUCACAAAGUCGAUCCACUUGAAUAAUACCAAUGUGAUCAUACAUUGCUCAGAUGGAUGGGAUCGCACGUCUCAAGUAUCGGCUCUUCUGCAGCUAUGUCUUGACCCAUACUUCAGAACGCUCAAAGGAUUCAUGAUUUUGAUCGAGAAGGAAUGGGUUAGCUUUGGCUACAAAUUCAAAACCAGAGCUGACCAUGGACGAUGCAUCGGUGCCAUAAUUCCGGCAAACGAUGAAAAGACAUACAAUGGCAAUGGACCAGGAGAAUCAGGUCCCGGGACUCAGGCUCGUGUUGCAUCGUUUUUCCAAAAAGCUGCACAUCAUAUAAAAACUUCUGCAGCGGCUGCAGCUGCAGCAGCAGCUGCAUCCUCCCCUUCCAGCUCCACAGCCGACCUCAACCAAUCUCCUGACCCAAUGGUGAAUACCUAUUCGGGAAGCUCAGAACGAUCUCCAGUGUUCCAUCAGUUUCUUGACUGUGUUUAUCAGAUAUAUCGCCAGUGUCCCACAGCAUUUGAGUUCAAUAGCAGGUUUCUUAAAAGACUCUUUUACCAUCAUUAUUCGUGCCAGUAUGGAACGUUUUUGGCAAAUACAGAGCAAGAGUAUAUGAAGACCAAAGAAUUGACGGUUUCGGCAUGGGACUAUUUCAGGUCUCGGCCCAACGAGUUCGUCAAUCGACAGUAUGACGCAGAGACUACAGAUGUACUUUUCUUCAAUUAUUCCGAUGUGAAAUGGUGGUACGAAUUGUACGGCAGAUCUGACGAGGAAAUGAACGGCUUGUCGAAUUCUUUGGACAGAAAGUUCAAGCAAAUGAAGCUUCAAAAGUAG